AUGUCCUCUUGGUAUGUAGUGCUCAUCGCCAACGACGGAGACCUGAAGAAUGCCGUGGGGGACGCUAAGCUGGUGGAGAAGGCGCUCCUGAACUGCGGCCUUUGCAAGAAAGAGCAGCUGUGGCCGAUCUAUGACCAACCAGGUGAUGUCAUCAAGGAGACUCUGGAACAUGUGGGAAAUCAGGUGCCCAAAGGUGGAUAUCUCUUCGUUUGGUACUCGGGCCAUGCCUUGGGUCAUGACGUGGAAGGCGCGGGAGGCUUCAAAGGGACGUUGAUUGUUCCGAAAGUGGAGGAGGCAGACAGCCUGGAUGAAAACAACGAGGUGGUUGACAAGGCCAGCUGCGUGUGGCUAGAAGACACCUUAUUUGGCAUUUUCGCCAGACACGAGCUUCGACUGUGGGCUGUCGUUGCAGCCUGCCGUGGGAGCAAAGCAGAGUUUGAAAGAGGGCGGAAGAAAGACGGUCACCACGGCAAGAUCGUGCUUGAGGAGCCCGAGUAUGCCAACAACUUGCAAUUGGUGUCUGAUCAGAAACGCACAAGAUUUGCUUUCUUGUACUCCAUGCCCUUCGGGCAAAACAUGUGGGACAAUUCUAUCUUUGCCAAGUGCUUUUGCUACAACUUGGAGCGCCUUGGACGGCCGCAGGACUUGGAAGCGCUCCAGAAGCUCGUGAAAGAUGAUUCGGAGUUGUUGUCCUUCGGAGAAGUCAGCCCCCCGGAGAUUGUGGGCGAACCUCGGAGCAUCCGUAUCAAGAUCGAGCAAGAGCAGACUCAAGCACAGAUGCUUGAUUAUACGCCAGACAUGCUUGGUGCUGUGAGCGCCUUAAAGCUGGUGGCAAUUUAUUUGCACCAGCUGGCUGAUGGUGAGAUAUAUGACGAUGCGUCUUACGAAGAUGUCAGAUUGUUGGCUUGGGACAUCAUUCAGAGCUUGAAUGAGUGUGCUCCUGACUUUGGACGGUUGAAAGAUCAAAUUUGGCUGCUCAGCUGUCGUAGCCUGGAAGAAGUCAAGGACGUCUUGGUAAACCAUCAAGCUGCGUCCCCAAGCACAGGGGGAUAUCCCAGUCGCCCAUCAGACUGGAAGCCCAACGACGAGGACAGGAGCGACGAGGAGUAUGAGCUGAAUCAAGACCCUGGGGUGGUGCUGAAUCUGCCAGACGAUGUCGUCGCCGCCAUCAGCAACGCUUUGUCAAUGGCGCAGAGCAAAGAGGAGCGCGAUCAUUUUCCGUUUGACACAGUCCUGGACAUGUUGCAGAUGCUGGGCGGCUACUUCACCAUCAAGAAGCUUAAGCAGGAUAAGUUGGAGGACAUUUCUGAGCAAACACAGCAGAAAUACUUCUUCAAAAGCUCAGGAGCAAUAGCACCGACUUUAGAAGAUGCUGAAGAAAUGGACGAGAUGCUGAGGGAGCAGUGUGAGAAGAUAUGCAUGGUACCCGAAGACCUGGAUGUGAUCCGGGAACAGAUCCGGACCUACGUGGGAAAGAGCAGCUUUUGGGUCAUCGUGGUGUCACCCAAGCCGCUGAAGGCACAAAGCCUCUUGCAGAUCCUCGAGGACUUCGUGAGGCGACGGAAGGGCUCCUGCUUCGGGUGGCUUUCGGCCGACGCGCCGCGCGAAGUGCCGCACUUUGCGGCGCCGGGCUUCGAGAAGUUGAUUGACCUGGUGGAAGGUUUAGGAGGAGCGGUGGAGGUGCCCAGCUUGGUGCCCUUGAAAGGGUCCUUCUUCAAGGAUUUGGCCAUGCAGCUGAUGAAGAAGCAGGGCGAGGCGACAGAAGGUUGGCAGCUGCGAGUGGUGAGCAACUAUAGAGACGUGGGCGAAGACCAGUGGUUGAACUCACAGCAGAACGUGGACUUCCACGUCGUGAGAUGCUUUAACUGGGUGACGGCGCACUGGAAGAAACCAGAGCUACUGGAGCAUCUUCUUCGCUUCGCUGCUGCAGAGUCGACCGGGCCCGAAGGGCUGCGCGCGACCGAGUCGGUCGAGGAGUUGGUUCGGCCUCGGAGCCAAGUGCUAUGCACACUUGGCUGCCUGCUUCACGCGAUCCAAGAUGACCCAACACGGCUAGCACUGAGCAUCGACACCAUCAUACAGGUUUUGUGCAGCACUGCGGAGCCUGAAGACGUCUUGAAGAAGUUGGUGCUGGAGGUCUACAGGCUCGGCCGGUCGCGUUCUCCAGACUCCACGCCGCCAGUGCCUGCGCCCGCGCCCGCACGAGGGACGGGUCGCUGGUGCUGGAGCCACUCGAGCUUUGCAGUGCUGGGGCAACGGGUGGGGAUGAACCCGUUGCGCUGGAGCGUCAGGAUGACCGUGAAGGAGCUGGCAGAGGAUCUGGGGAACUAUUUGCUUAUGGAGCCGAGGGGUGUGACGAUUCUCUUUGAAGAGACGGAAGAGAGCUAUAGGGAUCAACUUGAAGCAGUCGGCAAGUUGCAGGACUUGAUCAGAAAGGAAUCGAACUCUGCUCUAUCAGCCGCUUCUCUUCCUACCCUGCAAGCGUUGGAAAGCCUCCUUUGCAAAGGAGCUGUACCACACCUGAUGAAGGCGCUUCAGGAUGGAGAUCAUGAUGUGCGCUCUUGUGCUGGAAAGGCUUUAGGCCAGAUGGGCUCUGCAGCUCUUGAAGCUCUGCCAGAGCUUCUGAACGCAUUAGUUAAAGAACAAGCCUACCACGGUGGUGAUGGCCGGUCCUAUGCCUCUGAGGCUUUGGGGAAGAUGGGCUUUGCAGCAGCUGAACCAGUCCUAAAGCUUCUGAAGGUUGACGAAUCUGAACGUGAAUCACGUAAACGAAAGGGCGAUGAUGGCUUUACGCGAGUAGUAUUUGGCGGAGACUGGCCUGUCCGAGUUCGUGUUGCAGACGCUUUAGGUCACAUGGGCCGUGCGCAGGUUGAAUUGUUGCCACCGCUGUUGGAGGCGCUUCAAGAAACGGAAUACGAUGACUUAGCCUUCUCCCGCCUUGUGGAGGUGGUGCGCAAGAUCGAGUUUUUCGAACAUGAGAUCGUACCGAAGUUGCUGAAUCUACUGGAUGACGCCAAAUUUCAUGUGUACGAAAGUGCCAGGGAUGCCUUGAGUGCGAUGGGCCCUGCAGCCUUUGAAGCUGUACCAAGGCUGCUGGAGAAAAUGCACAACAAUAACCCACAUGACCAACUUGCUGCUGAGGAGCUGAAGCUUUACUGCAGCUUCUUACUGCAUCCGACAGGGUCUUUUUUUGGUCCUAUGAGAAGUUAUUUGCAACGCAUCUUGGGCUUGCAUCAACCUGAUCGAGCAGCAAAGAUUCUGAAGGUGUUUGAACACCAUGAACUUGAUGUCUUCGUGAAUACUGCUGCUGUUUUGAGCAAGUUGGGUCCUUUGCCAGCUCAGGUUGUCCCAAGGCUACUCCAGUCGCUAAAGGAGACGGACAGCGAGGUCCGUAGAAACGCGGCAAUAGCUUUGGAGGCGACAGAGCCGACAGAUGAGAUUGUGCAAGCACUGCUCAAGGCACUUGAAGAUGGAAACACUGGUGUUCGUAGCAAUGCCGUGAAGACCUUAGGCAAGAUGGGCCCUGCAGCAGCUGAAGCUGUGCCGAAGCUUCUCCAAGCACUACAUGACAAUGACAGUGCUGUUCGUUGUAGUGCCGCGAAGGCUUUGGCCAACAUGAAUGAUGUAGCUUCUGAAGCUGUGCCGGAUCUACUUCAGGCACUUGAAGAUGGCGACAGGGAAGUCCGGCGCAGUGCUGCGGAGUCUUUGGGCAAGAUGGACUUGGCAGUGGAAGCGCUGCCCCAGUUGCUGAAGGCACUUGAGAACGAGGAAGACGAAGUCCGUUCAUCCGUGGCACGGGCCCUGGGCAACAUGCGCUCGGCAGCGGCAGAAGCUGUGCCACAUGUGGUUAAGACCCUCAGAGAUGAGGCUUGUCCUGUGCGCUGCGCUGCAGCAGAGGCCUUGGGCAAUAUGUGCUCUGCGGAAGCAGUUCCAGAGCUGCUGAAAGUGCUUGAAGAGGCCAUUACAAGUGAAUCUACUUCAAUGCAGCGGAGCACUAUAUAUGCCUUGGACCGCUUGAAUGCCUUGCCGGCCUUGCCAUCUCAACCUCUAGCCAAGUUGCUUGCCACCAAAACUUCCUUUAGGGGGUUCAGAUCAGAAGAUGUGCCAUGGCUGGUCAAGGCUCUUGAACACCGAGGCACCACCUUGCGCAAGGAUGCUGCUGAGGCCUUUGGAAGCAUAAAACCUGCAACUAGCAAAGCUGUUCCCCACCUGUGCAAAGCACUUGGUGACCCCGAAGGUGAUGUACGUUGCAGUGCCGCCAAAUCGUUGGGGGAAAUGGGCCCCGUGGCCGCUGAAGCUGCACCGAAGUUGCUCGAGGCCUUGCAUGACUACCGUGUGGAUGUCUUUUCCGCUGCGCUAGGGGCCUUGCGCCAAAUCGGGUCCUUGCCGUCUCGCGCUGUGCCCAUGCUUUUGGAGGCUCUUGAUGCCCGACACCCUGCAGUGCGCUCUGGUGCCGUGCAAGCGUUGGUUCAGAUGGGUCCAGCUGAAGGAAUCCCACAGCUGCUCCAGGCACUGGAUGAUGAGGAUUUCAACGUCCGACAGGCCGCUGCAGAGGCCUUGAGUCAGAUGAGCUCCUCGACGCAGCUGCAGGAGGCACUGCAGAAGCCAGAGACCUUCGUGCAGAGGCGGGCUGCCGAUGAGCUAGCUGGUCUGGGAGGCCCAGUGGUUUCGCACCUGCUCAAAGCGCUGGAGGAUGAACAGAAUGCUGUUCGCCGCGGAGCGGCUGCAGAGUUGCUGGGCAAAAUGGGUGCCGCAGCAGCUGAAGUAGUGCCAAAACUUCUGAAGGCGCUGGAAGACCCAGACGUCGGUGUACGGAGUAGGGCUGCAACGGCCUUGGGGCAGAUUGGCCCUGCUGCAGCUGAAGCGGUGCCACACCUCCUGGAGGUACUGAGAGACACUGACAGGCUCGUGAGGAGCCAUGCUGCAUGGGCCUUGGGCCAGAUUGGACCGGCAGCCGCAGAGGCUGUGCCAGCGCUGCUGAGAACAUUGCCUGAAGAUCCAGAUCUUGUUGUACGGUGCAACGUUGCACGAGCCUUAGGACAGAUAGGCCCUGCGGCUGCUGAAGCUGUACCACAGCUUCUGAAGGCAUUAGAAGGCUCAGACGCAGACAUUGAACUUUGCAGACUUCGCAGCAGUGCUGCAGAGGCCUUGGGCCAGAUGGGCCCUGCGGCUGCCCAAGCUGUGCCUCAACUGAUCAAGUCGCUGGCAGAUGAAGCCGGUAUCUUACGAGCGACGGCAGCACAGGCUUUGGGUAACAUCGGCAGCUGCUUAGAGAAGCGCUAA